AUGUCUUACCAAGAGAUUUUAUUAGAAAAAGAAAAUGAAUAUUUACAACGAAAAAUAAAAGAAGAAUUAGAAGCAUGGAGAAAGAACAACUUUGAAUCUGCCAAGGCUACAGUUAUUUCGAUUGUUGUCUCCUCACUUUCUCUUUUAUUUGGUGUUUUUCUUUUCAUUUUUGAGAAAUCUACUUUUGCGCAAGAAAUCAAGAAUACUAUUUCUACUUCUAUAAUCGGGACUGGAGGUUCAGUGACUCUUCUUGGAAGUUUGGCAGGUCUUAAAAACCUCUUUAAAGAAGCUAGUGAUGAGGCGGCAAACUUUAAGGAUGUUCUGGAGAUGUUUAAAAAAACUGAUGCUGUAACUCAAGGAGAAAGUUCCGUUAACAAAGAAUUUGUACAAAAAUUACAAAAACGUUAUACGGAUCAAAAACGUAUAUAUAAGUUUUUAGAAGGACUAAAUAAACAUAUGCAAUUUAUGUCGAUUUGUCGCACCGUAAUUGUUACUAUCACAUCAUUAGCUGUCCUCAUGUUGGCAUUAAUUUCGGUUUUUUAUUUAAUUCUUAGUGAUGAUGAAUUUAUAUUCCAAAUAAUCGACAUUUUACUUAUUAUAUGUUCAUCACUCAUCUUAUAUUAUUCCAUUUGUGUUAUGAUUUUAAUUCAACUCGUUAUUCCAUUCUCGACAGAAGAAAUGCUUGCUAAAUCGUCGCCAACAGAAGUAAAUGUAGAAUCGUCGCCAACAGAAGUAAAUGUAGAACAGAAUGUUUCAACAAAUGAAAAAAAAAAAAAAUUUGGGGAAAGAAUUUCUAUGGGAAGUAGUGAAUUAGAAGGAAUCAAUCGUGUUCUUUAUGGAUUACCAUUAGAAGAGGCAACGAAUUCAUGGCGUAUGGAUGAUUUUCGUGAGGACCAUGAAGCAUUCGAAUCAAAGUUUAUAGUAAUACUAGUUGAAUAUUUGUAA